UUAGCAAAAAGAACAAAAAAAAAAAUGUCGAAAGCCUUAGCAAAAGUCGGAACAGCCGCAAACGCGGUUUUCCGUACGAUAUCAAAAGCUUACAAGAACCCAAACACACAGGAUACGCUUGUGAACGCUUCUGUGGAACUCGGAACAUCCGCUGCGAAGACAGCCUUGGAGGGCGGGAGCAAGAAGACUCCGCCGUCACCGCCGUCGCCGCCAUCGUACAUGUACCUGAACACCAGUGCCAUGGUAGAGCAGCCUCAAGGCCGUUAUCCUUCUCAACCUCGACCCCUCUUUCCCUGCUUCUUCCCGAUGGUCUCUUCUCAGACACGUCGGACGUCGUUCGUACCCACCAACACGGAUCUGGAGCCCCAGUUUCCCGAGGAAGACUUCAGAGGAGAAGGUGGUAGUUCUUUUUCCUGGAAGAUGAACGGGUCAGAUGUGGGAGCUUCGAAGAUGGUCCUUCUCCCACGCGGGUUUCCCCAGCCUGUCUUCUCCAACGGGCCAAAAAUGGCGUUCGUUUUACAAGGUACGGGAACUGCCGGUAUUGUUGUGCCUAAAGGCAACGGCGUCCUGAAUGAGAGAGUCGUCCGAAUCUCCGAAGCAGAUGUCAUAGCCGUUCCUUCAGGAGUUGUAACGUGGUGGUUCAACGACAACAGCGACACACACCUCGCCAUUGUCUUCCUCGGACAGCAACGCCUUGUCAAUUUCUACCUUGCCGGGCCAAGAGGGGUCUUCAAAGGCUUUUCUGCCGAGGUCGUGUGCACGUCGUUGCAGCUUGGUGAAGCAGUGGCAGCCCUCCUCGACUCUCAGACCACCCACGGCGGCAUCGUGAAGCUCGGUCCGGAGCUCAACAUGCCGCAGCCGAAUAUCAUCAACAGGGACGGUCUAGUCUUCAACUCCUUUACGGCGGUUCUAGGUGAGGGAGAUAGCAGCGGAGAUGCCUUUUUCUUGAACUCCACCAACCUCCCUCUGCUCAACGAGGUUGGUUGGGGAGCUUCGAUCAUUCAACUCGGCUCCGGAUGCAUAUACCCUCCAACAUACGCUUGUGCUACUAAAUUCCAGAUCAUCCUCGUGUUCUCGGGCUCUGGUAAUGUUGAAGUUGUUGGUCCUAAUGGCGACAGUAUCAUCAACGCAGCUGUCGAAAAAGGCCACCUAUUCAUUGUCCCUGACACUAGUGUGCUCUCGGCUACUGCAGGCCACAUUGGACUGAGUUGGCUCUCGAUCUUCAAUUCUCCAACACCACGUUUCCUUACUUUGGCCGGGAGAGGUUCUGUUCUCAAAAGUUUGUCUCAGGCCGUGGUUCAAGCUGCAUUUAACGUCACUACACCCAUGGAGAGGAAGAUACGUUUCCCCGGUCAAUCUCACUGAAUAGCAUCGGUCAUCUAUGGUGUUUAUGAGAUUUUCUCUGCUAAUCUUGUUUGAACCAUUAAGUUUCUUGUUUACAAAACUCGUAUCUUUCCUUCAUGAUGAUAUAUUUAUUUUUCUCUAUUAUGUAAAAGCAUUGCUUGCAGAGCAAACUUCUCAAAACCCUUA